AGGUCGAGAGCAUUCAAGAUUUGUUCCUGACGAACCUAUAAAUACUCUGCCUCACUCCCAGCAAGUUCUCAACACACAUCAAAACAAAGCUUAGCGAUACAGGCAACUUCAGCAAAUCCGAUCCAUCCAGAGUCUCUCUCAGCACUCAGCAAAACCCAACCGACGACAAUGUCGCUGGUGAGGCGCAGCACCAACGUGUUCGACCCCUUCGCCGACUUCUGGGACCCCUUCGACGUCUUCCGCUCCAUAGUGCCUGCUGCAUCAACGGACCGCGACACGGCGGCCUUCGCGAACGCGCGCAUCGACUGGAAGGAGACGCCGGAGGCGCACGUGUUCAAGGCCGACGUCCCCGGCGUGAAGAAGGAGGAGGUCAAGGUGGAGGUGGAGGACGGCAACGUGCUCGUCAUCAGCGGCGAGCGGCGCAAGGAGAAGGAGGACAAGGACGACAAGUGGCACCGCGUGGAGCGCAGCAGCGGCAGGUUCAUGAGGCGGUUCCGGCUGCCGGAGAACGCCAAGACGGAGGAGGUGAAGGCCGGGCUGGAGAACGGCGUGCUCACGGUCACCGUGCCUAAGGCCGAGGUCAAGAAGCCCGAGGUGAAGAGCGUCGAGAUCGCCGGCUAAAGGAUCGAUUUCGCCGUUCGUUCGUUCAAGGUCUCGCGUCGCGUGAGUUUCGGGUCGUGCUACGAGGUCGUGUUUGGUCGAAGCAGUUGGAGUCCUGUCGAGUCAGAAGGGUGUCGAGUUGUGUCGGUCAAUGCUGUUGUGUCUGCCGGUUGGAACCGUGCGCGUUAUUGUUGUGUGUGUGUGUGUGUGUGUUGGUGCUCGGCACAAACGUGUGUGAUGUUAUGAUUAUUCAUGGUUAAAUAAAUAAAUGGUUUUCUUUA